AUGGCGGGCGUCGAAGAACACCAAAAGACGGAUGGCCAGGGCGUCGAUGCCACGCCGGUGCCGCUGAGUCCGGCGUCCUCCAUCGAGGAAGCCAAACGUUCCUCGGAUGAGUCGUCUGCCCCGAGUCAGGAUGUUCUGUACGCCGCCGGGGUUGGACUGAGGCCCGACGACCCUUCCCUCCCGUGCCUGACCCUGCGCAUGUGGGUGAUUGGGAUUGCCUUCUGUCUCAUAGGCAGCGGCGUUAAUACGCUGUACACCUUCCGCUUCCCGUCCAUCAGUCUUUCACAGUCGGCGAUACAGUUCUUGGCCUAUCCCGUCGGCAAGGCUUGGGAGUUCGUCGUCCCGGAUUGGGGACUCAACAUCAAGGGACAUCGCGUCAGCCUGAACCCUGGCCCGUUCAACUACAAGGUGGGCAUCAAUCACUCUCUUCCACCCCAGAAGACGCACAUACUGGCUGGCACCGACUCACACACCCACACUCAUGUUUCAGGAGAACAUACUCAUCUACAUCAUGGCCAACCUCAGCUUCCUCACCCGACUCAGCGCCGACGUCUUGACCGAGCAGCGAGUCUUCUACGGGCUCAAGGCGGGCUGGGGCUUCGAGCUGACCGUCACGCUGGCCACCAUCUUGUAUGGCUUUGCGCUGGCCGGGCUGUGCUACGCGUUGGUCGUCGAGCCCCCCGCAUUGCUGUGGCCCGGCGUGCUGGGAAACACGGCCCUCAACGCCGCGCUGCACUCCGGGAAGAAGGAGGACGAGACGGAGUGCGUCAUGAAACCCCCACUACCCCUACCCUACCCUUCCCCGCGAGACCCAAAACGGAGUCGGGAUCGACGACGCUGACAGUCGGGUGUCUUAGGGCCAAAUGGACGGCGUCCCGUUACCGGUUCUUUAUGCUGGCCUUCAUCGCAUCCUUCUGCUGGUACUGGUUCCCGGACUUCAUCUUCCCCGCGCUGGGGUAUUUUACGUGGGUUUGCUGGAUCACUCCGCAGAACGCGGUCGUCAACCAGGUAUUCGGCAUGAAGAGCGGCAUCGGGUUGCUUCCCUUUACUUUUGAUUGGAGUCAAAUUGCGUACAUCGGGUCUCCGCUUGUCGUGCCCACAUGGGCCAUCCUGAACGUGCUUGCAUCGUUGGUCUUCUGGAUAUACAUAAUCUCUCCGGCCCUCUACUACUCCAACACGUGGGACUCUGCCUAUCUCCCCAUCCAGAGCAACUCCAUCUACGACCACAACGGGAAGACCUUCAACGUCUCCAGGGUCAUCAACAAGGCGGACGGGUUCAGUUUCGACCCGGUCAAGUACGCCAACUACUCCGAUCCUGAUGAUUCUCUCGCCCAGAUCUACCUCCCCGUCACGUACGCUCUCAACACCUUUGGCCUCUCCUUUGCCACCAUCGCGUCGCUCUUUGUCUGGCUGUUCCUCGAGAAACGCCGUCAUAUCGCAGCCGCCUUCAGGUCGUCAAAGCUCUCCGCUCUUCUCGGAGGCAAAGUCGUGCCUCGGACCAACCCCCAGCCCGCGUACAAGGCCGUGCCCAUCUGGUGGUAUUGGAUCGCGGCAGCUCUUGCUCUCGGCUUUGGGAUCUUCGCGUGCGAGUUCUACCCCGUCCAACUACGCUGGUACGGUGUCCUGCUGUCAUUCGCGGUGUCGGCCAUCUUCUUCGUUCCGCUUGCUUGGGUGUAUGCGACAACGAACAUGAAGAUCCAGAUCGACAUCUUUUGCCGCAUCGUCGCCGGGUACAUAUGGGAUGGUAAGGUGCUGGCCAACAUCUGGUUCUUCAACCUGGGGUACAUCUCCGGCAUCAAGGGGUUGGCCUUCGCCCAGGACCUGAAGCUGGGCAUUUAUUGCAACAUACCACCUCGACAGCUGUUCCUCGUCCAGUCGGUCGGUCUGGUCAUAGGGUCCCUCGGCCAGGUGUCGGUCCUCAACUGGGCGCUCAACCACAUCCCCGGCAUCUGCACGCUGAGUGCGCCCAACGGCUUCACGUGCCCCUUCUCCCGCACCCAUUUCAACACGAGCAUGGUCUGGGGCGCACUCGGGCCGCGCCGGUUCUUUGCCGAGGGGGCCAUGUACCGCUCUCUGCUGUGGUUCUUCCUCGUCGGGGCGGUGCUGCCCGUCAUCGUCUACGUGCUGAGGAAGCGGGUGUUCACCGAGUCGAAGUGGCUGAGGAAGAUCCACGUGCCCCUCUUCCUCGGCGGGCUCAACUACAUCCCGCCGGCGUCUGGGACCAACUACGGCAGUUGGGCGAUUGUCGGUCUGCUCUUCGGGCUGCUCAUCAAGAAGAGGCAGAAGACGUGGUGGAGGAGGUACAACUUCGUCCUCAGCUCGGCCCUGGACUGCUCGGUGGCCAUUGCCGGCAUCGUCAUCUUCUUCGCCAUCUUCUACACGGGGGCCUCCAGCAAGCUCAACUGGUGGGGGACCGAGGUCUACAAGGACACGUGUGACUGGAAGAGCUGCACUUACCUGAGCCGUAGCGAACACUGA